AGUAACAAUAUAAAUUGUCACCAGGUCUACUUUAGCUCAUAUCACAUAUAUGGUGAGGAAGGUAGGGACAGAGAUGAACGGCAACGGCAGGAGGCAAAGGAUGGAAGUGGAGAAUGGGGACCGGGGUUUGAUUUGGAGACUUCCACACCUCAAACUCAAGGACGUGGGUAAGGUCGGCCCUGCUUUCGGACUCGGCGCUGGCUGUGGUCUCGGCUUUGGGCUUGGCCUCAUUGGAGUGUUUAUUGGUUUUUACUCAUUAGGUGCGGGGUUUGGUCCUGGAAUUCCUGGCUUGCAAGUGGGCUUUGGUUUUGGUGCUGGCUGUGGGGUUGGUUUAGGGUUUGGCUAUGGUGUCGGUAGGGGCAUCGCUCAUGAUGAGUACCAUACAUAUUCUAACGUUGGAAGGCUGUUUGGCCACCGGCAUCUUACUUCGCGGGACGAAAUUGGUGGUCUUAUUGAUGAACUCGUCGUUAAUACCAAGAAGGUGGCUAUAGCAGCGUCAAGGGAAAUUGACAAGUGGAGAAGAUGAAUUAAGUGUUUUUUUUUUUUUUUUUUUCAAUAGAAUGGAUACUUAAUUAGGUAAAACAGGCUGCAUAGCCAGAAAGGAUUGAGCCAAGUAGCAAAUCUAUCUGCAACAUGUGUCUAAUCCACCCCUUUGAGAACAAAAUUGGACCGCCAACUCUACCAUAAAUGCAUGUGGAUGAGACAAUGUUUAACAACAAAAACCUUUUCAUCCAGUGACGAGCAAUAUCUCAAGCUAAGAAUACCCCUUUUUCCCUAGCUCCAUUGGCUUAUAAGGCAACCAGAAGCAGGCCAAGGACCAUGCCAUCUUUCAUCUAUUACUACACAAAUUUUUCGAUUCAUUAAGAGUGUUAAUACUGUGUAGGAGGAAUGGAUGAUAAAUUGGAUGAGUCAUCCUCUUAAUAUAAGAUAACUCAAAUCUUCUUAAAAAAAUGAUGAUUUUUAUUUGUGGAUUUUCUAUUUUU